UGCUGGAGCAGAACAAUGGAUUUCUCGUUCUCUUUCAUGCAAGGGAUCAUGGGGAACACGAUUCAGCAGCCACCUCAGCUCAUCGACUCCGCCAACAUCCGCCAAGAGGAUGCCUUCGACGCCGGCAGCGACGGCGCCGAGGACGGCGGCCAGACGCCGUACGGCAGCGCCCUGCAGCAGGGCUUCCCGUACCCGCCGCCCACGCCGGACGAGCUGCCGCCCCUCGCCAACGGCUACGCGCCCGCCCUCGGCAUGUACGAACCUCAGGCCAAAUUCCAGGCGUACGCCCAGUAUCCCAAYGGCUCCGCCAACGGCUUCGGGACCGUUAGGAACUUUAGUCCCCCGGAGUAUUACCAAAUGGAGAACUCUGCCGCGCGGCCGCACGACGUUCCGGAGAAACCUUCCCCGCCGCCGCCGCCACCUGCAGCGUCCCAGACGGUGAUUCCAAAGAAGACUGGCUCACCAGAGAUCAAAUUAAAAAUAACCAAAACUAUCCAGAACGGCAGGGAAUUGUUCGAGUCCUCUCUGUGUGGGGACCUUUUAAAUGAAGUCCAAGCGAGUGAGUAUGCUAAGGCGAAACAUGAAGGGAGAAAAGAGAAAAGGAAAAAAAGUAGCAAGCAUGACUCUUCCCGAUCGGAAGAGCGCAAGUCGCACAAAAUGCCCAAAUUAGAACCAGAGGAACAAAAUAGACCAAAUGAGAGGCUUAGCAUGCUAGCAGAAAGGCCAAGGGAAGAUACCUUGUCAGAGGAAACACCGGUGCAGCAGUUCUUGCCUUCUCUUCCAACACAAGUCGCCCAUGACAUCAAGUUUCAGGUUGGCGAUCUGGUUUGGUCCAAGGUGGGAACGUACCCGUGGUGGCCUUGCAUGGUUUCAUGUGACCCCCAGCUUGAUGUUCAUACCAAAAUUAACACACGAGGUGCCCGCGAAUACCACGUGCAGUUUUUUAGCAACCAGCCCGAGAGGGCGUGGGUGCACGAGAAGCGCGUCCGAGAGUACAAAGGACACAACCAGUACGAGCAGUUACUGGCCGAGGCUGCUAAGCAAGCCAGCAACCACUCUGAGAAACAGAAGAUUCGCAAACCGAGGCCACAAAGAGAGCGGGCUCAGUGGGAUAUUGGUAUUGCCCAUGCUGAGAAAGCCUUGAAAAUGACUCGAGAAGAGAGGAUAGAACAAUACACCUUCAUUUAUAUAGACCAAGAGCCCGAGGAGGCUUUGUCCAAAGCCAAAAAGACUGCAGCUUCCAAAGCGGAGGCGAAGAAGAACAGGCGACCGAAGCCAGCACCCAACGCGCAGCUGGAACACGGCGCCGCGGCGGCCGCGUCGCCCUCGAGUGCCGAGGCGCGAAGACAGAGCCAAAGGCGACAGUCGAGCGCGGAGGAAGAGGAGCCUCCUCCUGUGAAAAUAGCCUGGAAAACCGCCGCGGCUCGCAAGUCCUUGCCGGCCUCAAUCACCAUGCACAAGGGGACCUUGGACCUUCAGAAAUGUAACAUGUCUCCAGUGGUUAAAAUAGAGCAGGUUUUUGCCCUCCAGAACGCUGCUGGGGAUGGAAAGCUCAUCGAUCAGUUUGUUUAUUCUACGAAGGGAGUUGGCAGCAAAACAGAAAUAAGCGUCAAAGGACAAGACAAGCUUAAUUCUUCGUCAAAUCAGAGGACCGAAAAAGCAGUGGUGCAAAAUGCGUCCUCUCCUGAAACAACUUCGGGGUCUGCAGGUUCUGUAGAAAAGAAGCAACAGAGAAGAUCGAUUCGAACCCGCUCAGAGUCUGAGAAAUCCACUGAAGUUGUGCCAAAGAAGAAGAUCAAAAAGGAGCAGGUUGAAAUGGUACCACUGACUGCAGUGAAGACAGGACUGCAGAAAGGUGCCAGCGAGAUUUCAGAUUCCUGUAAACCUUUAAAGAAAAGGAGUCGUGCCUCAACUGACGUAGAGCUGACUAGCUCAGCGUACAGGGAUACGUCUGACUCUGACUCAAGAGGACUUAAUGAUUUACAGGGUAGUUUUGGGAAACGUUCAGACAGCCCCUCAGCUACUGCGGAUGCUGAUGCUUCUGAUGUGCAGUCAGUGGACUCCAGCUUGUCCAGGAGAGGAACUGGAACCAGUAAAAAAGACACCGUUUGUCAGAUCUGCGAAAGCUCCGGCGAGUCGCUGGUGUCCUGCGAAGGCGAGUGCUGCGGGGUCUUCCACGCCGAGUGUCUUGGCCUGACGGCGGCGCCCGAGGAGAAGUUUGUCUGCGCCGAGUGUAAAAACGGGGAACACACGUGCUUCUCGUGCAAGCUGCCCGGCAGGGACGUGAAGCGCUGCGCCGUGGCGGCCUGUGGCAAGUUCUACCACGAGGCCUGCGUGCGCCAGUUCGCCACGGCGCUCUUCGAGGCGCGCGGCUUCCGCUGCCCCCAGCACUGCUGCACGGCCUGCUCCGUGGACAAGGACAUGCAUAAAGCCAGCAAAGGUCGCAUGGUGAGAUGUUUCAGAUGUCCCAUUGCCUAUCACUCAGGAGAUGGCUGUAUUGCUGCAGGAAGCUUGUUUGUGUCAUCCCACAUUCUCAUCUGUAGUAACCAUUCCAAAAGGAAUCACUCCUCAUCAGCUGUAAAUGUAGGCUUUUGUUUCGUUUGUGCAAGAGGGCUGGUAGUGCAGGAUCAUUCAGACCCCAUGUUCAGUUCAUAUGCCUAUAAGUCCCACUACCUACUGAAUGAAUCAAAUCGUGCUGAGUUGAUGAAAUUACCUAUGAUUCCUCCUCCUUCGUCAGCUUCCAAAAAGAAAUGUGAGAAAGGUGGCAAAUUACUGUGCUGUGAAUCCUGCCCAGCUUCCUUUCACCCUGAGUGUCUCAACAUUGAAAUGCCUGAAGGAUGCUGGAAUUGCAAUGACUGUAAAGCUGGCAAGAAACUACGUUACAAGCAGAUCGUUUGGGUCAAGCUGGGAAAUUACAGGUGGUGGCCAGCAGAGAUCUGCAAUCCCAGGUCUGUGCCUCUCAACAUACAGGGCCUCAAACAUGAUAUCGGGGACUUCCCAGUAUUUUUCUUUGGUUCACAUGACUACUAUUGGGUACACCAGGGCAGAGUUUUCCCUUAUGUUGAAGGAGAUAAAAGCUUUGCUGAGGGGCAAACUAGUAUUAACAAGACCUUCAAGAAAGCACUUGAAGAAGCAGCAAAACGCUUCCAGGAGCUGAAAGCACAAAGAGAAAGUAAAGAAGCACUAGAGAUUGAGAGGAAUUCAAGAAAGCCUCCACCUUAUAAACAUAUUAAAUCCAACAAAGUAAUAGGGAAGGUUCAGAUUCAGGUGGCUGAUCUGUCCGAGAUCCCUCGCUGCAACUGCAAGCCCUCGGAUGAGAACCCCUGCGGCCUGGAGUCGGAGUGUCUGAACAGGAUGCUGCAGUACGAGUGUCACCCGCAGGUCUGCCCCGCGGGCGAGCGCUGCCAGAACCAGUGUUUCACCAAAAGACUCUACCCCGAUGCUGAAAUCAUAAAAACCGAGCGACGUGGAUGGGGUCUCCGGACAAAAAGGAACAUUAAAAAGGGUGAGUUUGUGAACGAAUACGUCGGGGAGCUAAUUGAUGAAGAAGAGUGCAGACUGCGGAUCAAGCGAGCUCAUGAAAACAGCGUCACCAAUUUUUAUAUGUUAACUGUUACCAAGGACCGAAUAAUAGAUGCUGGCCCAAAGGGGAAUUAUUCUCGUUUUAUGAACCAUAGUUGUAAUCCAAACUGUGAAACGCAGAAAUGGACCGUGAAUGGCGACAUUAGAGUGGGACUUUUUGCUCUUUGUGAUAUUCCUGCAGGAAUGGAGUUAACAUUUAACUACAAUUUGGAUUGCCUCGGCAAUGGUAGGACUGAAUGCCACUGUGGAGCAGAGAACUGCAGUGGCUUUCUAGGYGUGCGCCCAAAGACAGCAUUUGCAACAGCAAACGAGGAAAAGGUGAAGAAUGCCAAAUUGAAGCAGAAGAAACGGAAAAUCAAAACGGAACAGAAGCAAAUGCAUGAAGACAACUGUUUCCAAUGUGGAGAUGGGGGAGAACUGGUCAUGUGUGAUAAAAAGGACUGUCCCAAAGCAUACCACCUCCUAUGCCUUAACUUGACACAGCCACCUUUUGGAAAGUGGGAAUGCCCGUGGCACCAGUGUGACAUCUGUAGCAAUCCCGCAGUCUCAUUCUGUGAGUUUUGCCCUCAUUCCUUCUGUAAAGAUCACGAGAAGGGAGCCUUGGUGGCCUCGGCAUUGGAUGGCCGUCUCUGCUGCUCCACACAUGACCCCAAAUCUCCCGUGGCACCCGAAUACUGGAACAAGAUCAAGUGCAAAUUGGAAUCACAGAAUCCCGCGGAAGAAGCAAAGGAGUGAAUUUGCUUGAAAGGRAGGGAGAAGAGGGGCGAGGAGGUGAUGAACUCAAAGCGACUGCUGCUGUUCAGUCCUCAUCAGCAGGGCCGCCUUGUUUGAACUGGGAAUGGGACCAUUUAAUCUCAGCCAGCAGAAGCAGGCAGUGAUGUUUGUUUUUUUUUUUAUUGUUUGAUCUUUCUUUUACCCUUGAAUGUGCUACAGCAGCUCUUACUGUUGGAAAACAGGAACAUCUUGGCCUUCUUAAGGAAACAAAGUAGACCUUUUUGACAGUGAGAAGAAUAUUCUGUUUAAAGUAUGUUCUCUGAGUGUAGAAAGCAAAGCAUAGCAACAUAUUUAUUUAUUUAAUUUUUAAAGGAUUUGGUUUUGAUCAGUCAGYGUGUCUUUAAACGAAAUAGCAAAGCCAACAUAAUUUUUAUGUCUAGUUUAUGGGAGGAGAAUCAGUCUUCCCGCUGUGUGUGACAUUCAGCUGCCAUAAAGACAGAGGUGGGCUUCAGACCAGGUGACAGUGAAAUUCCUCCAUUCCAGAACUUAUCUCUUAAAGGCAUUUGGAGAAGGUAGGCUCUGUAUCAUGUUAACUUAGGAAUAUUAUUGCAAAGCUUUCCCCAGGAGAAAUCAGGUGUAUGGCUUCCUGGAAGUGUUUGCGGCACGAGAUUUAGCGCUUUCUAAAAGAAAUCCCGGUUCCUUGCUUGAGAGCUGUAACAGGGCUGUUUUCAGCCAGGAGGAAAUCUGGGAAGAGCUGAUGCCCAUUGUUUACUUCUCUGCCCCAGCCAACCUGGAAUUUCCUGCCUGGUUCCGAGGCCUUUCCAGCCUCAGCACAUUCCUGGCGGCCGGAGUCUCCGCCCUGCAGGUGGAAGCACCGUCGCUGACUUCCCUGGAUGCAGGAUUGCUCUGUGUAUUUGUCAUCUGCCAAGUCUGCGCUUGUUUGAUGGCAGUUCCAUCGGUGUGAUUCGUUAUUACCUUCGCUCGUUAGCUUCAAAGGGAGUUGGAGUGCUCGAGGAAUCUGACCUGCGUGCACGUGGGCUUUGAUGGAAUAUUUAGGGUUGUUUUUACGGAGGGAGACAAGUCUUCUCACUUUAGUUUCCAUUAUUAAUGGAUUUAAGGAAAGCCAGUUAUUUUCCCAAGAGCACUUGUUUGACGAACAGGGUAUUUUCCGUACCUGCAUCCUGGGGUGUAUUCACAGCRAGCAGCUCCAGCCUCGCGAGGUGAAUCCCUCUUGGCUUUCCUUGGCAGUCGGAAGAGAGCCAGAGAAAGAGUUUGGAGGUGACACAGGUGGGCACCCACUCCCCGUUUUCCUUGGAAAAACCUCUCCUCCUCCAUCCAUUCAGGGCAAAGGGCCUAGGAGGGUAAGUGUCCCCCAAGGGAACUUAGUCCCUGGUGAAUCUCCUCCUUUGCCUUGGGGCCCUUUUCGUUCUCGAAUUCAGCUACUAGGGAACAAACAUUGGGUUUUAUGUGCAAUUUUUGAAGGUGAAAAAUCCACUACAGUCUCCCC